AUGUCAUCGGUGAAAAAAGCAGCUGCCCGCAUUUUGUGGAAUCUCGACGAAAGUAGUCCAGCACGACCAGUUCGCGUAGUGGAACCAGUACCAACUGUGAUCGAUCAAACGAAUUUUUCUCCGACAGUCGUAACAACAAACAAACGAAUGCGUAUCAUGGUCAGCUAUUCGCAUGUUGAUGCUGACUUUUGUCAUCAACUGGUAGAUGCGCUUGAAAAAGAGAAUCGUUUCGAUAUUUGGGUUGACUUCGAUUAUUGUCACACGGAAGAUCUGUGGGAAGAAAUUGGUCAAGCAAUCGAAAAAUCUGAUGUAAUACUUCUUCUCAUGACAAAGGAUUAUCAAGACAGUAAAUCGUGUCGUCAAGAAGUGAUGUACACAAAAGAUUCAUUGAAGAAACGUUUUAUUCCUGUCUAUGUAAAACGAGAUUUUGUGGCUAGUGGUUGGUUAGGUGUACGCAUUGUCGGUCCACAAUACAUUCGUUUUGGCAAAAAAUCUUUUGAAGCAACGGUGAACGAUCUCAUGAAACUUAUUUUUGAAGAUAAGAGCGAGAAAAGCUCAAAACACAAAGAUUCUAAAGUGUCUGUAACUGUUCCUUCUGUUGAAAUCAAGCCUGAUGAGAAUGACAAGUCGAAUGAAGAAUUACCAAGAUAUGAUCAUGAGAAUUUUAAUCAAUCGAGUAAUGAAAUAAUGCCAGUACUUGUAUCCCAUCCUAAACUAAUUGAAAAAUGGAACUCAAACGAUAUCGCCAAUUGGUUCGAUGCUAAUAAAGUUCGUUGUGAAUUAAAAGAAAUGUAUGAUUUUCAAUGUGGUACUGAACUACUUCUCUAUGGACAGUGUCUUCGAUCAGACUGGCAAUCUGAAUGUCUUGAUGUACAGGAACAAUUCUCAAAACGAUACAAUACAGUAUUAUAUCGCAAUGAAUUCGUUCGACUAGUCAGUGUAAUUAAUCAACUAGAACAGUUGCAGACAAUGCCAGUCUCGAAUACAUAUGGAAUUCUAUUAUUAUUAUUGUUAUUUGUUCUUGUUUUGUUAGAUACUUUUAAAAUGUUUCAAUAA